UACUAUGGACCGGAUUUUGAGUGAGAUGAAUGAGCUUCGGAAGGAAAUGCUUCGUUUGCCAGAAGGAUGAUUGAGAAACUGAACAAAACCGGCGUCUCCUACAAACCCAGUAACCUGGAAGAGGACGAAGAGAAUUUGUACGGAGGCAUUAAUGAGUCUUCAAACGAUGUUGGACGUCCGCAAAAAGAGUUUGUAUAUCAAAAAGAUGAUUCAGACCGGUUCCGCACACCUUCCAAAAUGAAUUUGCAAAAGGAUGAUAACGGCGUUGAUGUAACUUCUCGUGAAAACACACCUUUUUACUGCACACCUGAGUACUGGGAUAGUUUCAAGGGUGAUAUGGAUGAUCCUGUCCAAGUACCAGAAGUAUCAGAUGAAAAAGCUACCACAUCUUUAGAGACGGACGAAAUCGCAUCGCAUGCGUCGGUUGGUUCUCAAGGAGUACAAGAGGAAGUGGAGGAGGUUACUGGCAGGCGCAAGCGCAGAGGAUCACAACAUGUCAAGUCUCCUUAUGUGGUCCCUAAACCAAACAAACGUGCAAAACGUUCUGCCAAAGGAAAAUUGUUCCAAAAUGGUGAUGUUAACAAAUCUGGUGAUGAGUAUGAUGUGGUGAAAGCGUCCAUCAAGUACGUGCGUGCGCAUGAGCAUUUACAAAAACAUGCCAAAACAGAAAUUUUCAAUGAUGGCAUGGAAGAAGGUCUCACUGUGAGGAGAGCUUGUCAGAUUAUUAACCAUGAGUGGCUAAGUGGCGACGUAAUUGAUGCAUACUCAUCAUUUUUGGUCGACAAAGUUAAUGAUGAUCGUUUCAUGUUAACAACUUGGAGGAUACAUUGGUUGCUUCACGUUAGACCCGGAAAGAAGACCGCCGGUAAUGAUUAUGAAGCAGAGUCGCAUAGUAAUGGACCCGUGAACAGAUGUGAGGACGAGUAUUUCAAAAAAUCAAAGACUUACAUUCCUCUAAACAAGCAAAAUAAUCACUGGAUUACUGUCGUCAUGCAUAGCGGAAAAAGAGAGUUUCAGGUUCUUGACUCGUUGAUGACCGGAAAACUUGACACUGUUACUAGAGAACUCAUUGAGGACCUGAGAAAACAACUAGCAGAAGAUAUCCAAGAAGCAAAUGCAACCGGAAUUGUGAAUUAUCCGGAUGUUUCCAAGUGGCCUAUUCAAACGUAUGACAUGCCAAAACAACAUGAUGGGAAUUCGUGUGGACUAUUUCUCCUUUGA